CGCCGACAACGACGGCCCCGGCCCCGUCUCCCAUGCCUCGUCGCCUCCCAGGGCGCCAGCAAGCGUCUUCUCAAGCAACGGCAGCGUCUGCGCCUCUCUCAAGAAGCACAUCACCAGCAGGUGGCCGCGAUCGAGCACAGCUGUAUCUUGCCCGCCCGGCCACAAGGCCCCCUGCAGCCGGCCUGGCCUUCUCCUGCUGCGCUCGUCGCCAGAGCCUCUCCUCGACCUCGUUUUUGUCCACGACCUUCGUGGCAGCUCCGUAGAUACCUGGCGCCGCAAUGGAGAUGCCGGCUUGUUCUGGCCCCAGGCCUGGCUGCCGGCAGAGCCACGCCUCCGCAAUGUCAAUAUCCACACUUUCGGUUACGACUCAGACUGGACAAGCACAAAACACAGUAUUCUAAACGUCCAUGACUUCGGCCAGUCGCUGCUCGAAGAGAUGAGGAACUCGCCUCACAUGUCGACCAACCCCGAGAGUCCCAUCAUUCUUCUAGGCUAUUCGAUGGGCGGGCUGGUAGCCAAAAAGGCAUAUGUCCUCUCACAAUACGUCCCCGUAUUCAAGAAUCGCAUACAGGCCAUCUUCUUCUUGGCCACACCGCAUCGCGGUUCCGACUACGCUGCGACCCUCAAUAAGAUACUGGCGAUAUCCGGCCUCAUGUCUUCGCGAGGCUAUAUCACCGACUUGACCACCGGCUCUACAUCGACACAAACCAUCAACGAUGAUUUCGGAAAGCUCGCUAGCAAACUGCUUCUCUUCUCAUUCUAUGAAACGCAACGCAUGUCCAUUGGCAUAUCAACAUGCCUGAUUGUAGAGAAGCAUUCUGCUGUUUUAGGUUACAGCAACGAACGAGUACAGUACCUCAACGCGAAACACCGCGAGAUCUGCAAAUUUCACAGCCCCGACGACCCGAACUACAACACAGUGAAGAACGCUCUCGUGAGCGCAACAGAAGAUCUGCUCGUGACUGGUGAGAUGUAUCGCGGCUUCCUGCGCAGCCCACAACACUAA